GUGGUUUGUUGUUAUUGUUCGUAUCCACUAAAACAACGUUUAAUGUUGUUUCAUCUCUAUUAAAGUUAGUUCGCACCGAAUAUUCCAUUUAUUAAACAUUUUUAAUGUCCAACGUCGCCAACAAGAUGAAGGUCCUAACAUUAUACAAGCAAAUGCUCCGUGAGUCGCAAAAAUUCAGCUCCUACAAUUACCGGAUGUACGCCCUUCGCCGCAUCAGAGAUGCAUUUCGUGAUAACAAGAGCCUGAGUGAUUCAUCCAAAAUCGAAUCUGAACUAGAGUACGGACAGCGGAAUUUGGAUAUAAUUAAACGGCAGGUACUUGUCGGUCAGCUGUUUCAAGCGGAUAAAUUGGUUAUCGAAAAAUAGAUCGCUCUUAGAGGACAAAAUCGCAAUCCACUUAUUUAACUGCGUUACAUACACUGCUGUAGUAAAGUUAGUUGGUAUAACUAACCGCACAGGGCUGGACUGAAGGAAUAGAUUUGCUGAUAAAUAGUACUAGGCUUUUUAAAUGCUUUAAAAAGCUUUCGAAGACAAAAUAGUUGUAGGAAAUAUAGAUUAAGUAAA